CUUCGUGCAGCUCGUUGUCGACGAGAGACAUUGGGCUCUCAACUCGUCUGAGCAACUGAUUGCGACUUCAUUCGUGGUCGGUCACUUAAGCAAGACACUUCUCACGCCAAACACCAUAGUUUACUAUCUCAUUGAUAAUUUCCGUGCAAUUUUCUUAAGAAAGUGUGAAUUUAGAAGGAUUGAUUUUUUAGGUGAAAUCGUGUGAGGAAUACUUGUUCUUCAUUACCUGCUCAACUAGAUGAGUCAUAAACUCACCCAGCGACAUGGCUCCAACAAUUAGUGUGUCAAAUGAGCGCAAAACAAAGUGCAGACGAUCUCAGAGGAAUAAUCAUCAAACACUCUCAUCUGCAGUAUCUGUUAUCAGCUAUGGGCGAGCCAGUUCGAGACGCUUGUGCUGGAAUCAACGUCCUUCGCGUUUUCCAGUGAUGGGAAAAUCACCCAAUCGAGAAAAUCGAAGGGAGUCAACUCAAGGCGAAAUGGACGAUGAUGUUGAUGGGAGUCCAGUAAGUGUUUUGAGAUUCCAGCGAAGACAGUCAACAAGUUCCAUGAGUGAAAGUGACUCCAGCAGUGGCUGUUCAUCAGCUGGUCAUUCCAUGGACUUCUCUAGCUCUCAGCACUGCCGCUGUGAUUCUUUGAAUAUGUCAGACUAUGAUGAUGAUGGUUUCAAGGAGGACAAGACCAACUUGUGUUAUCCAUCAAGGGUAGAAUUUUGGCCUGAGAGGAAUUGCUGGGAAGGCAGCGGCAACAAUACAAAGGGCCUUCUGGACAUUGCCAUUAAGACAAUUAAACUAAUCCAACGGAAUCAAUUACUUCAGGCAAAAUUGGCUCAAUUGCAGGCCGAAACUCAAGCAUUUAUUACUUCUGUUAUGGCUAAUCCAGAGAACAGAGAUGUUGCCAUGUACUCCUCAGACAGGGAAUCAUCGCUAUCUUCUCCAGAAAUUGAUGAGACAUAAAAAAGCCAAUACUUUUAGUUCGAGAAUGAAUGAAAAUCUGUAUGUUUGUGCUUAAAGUUUGAAUGACUAUAAAAAGGCUAAGAUUACAUUUAAGUUAUUGUUCACUAAUAUAUAGUCUACCGCAAACUUCAAAAUAUGCAUACAUUUAGAGCAAAGCGCAUCAGACAUGAAAAAAAUUUAAUGACAAUCACUUUGGUUACGUAAUUGUUAGAAAAACCUGGAUCAGCAGGUUAGGGGUCAUUUCCACAAAAUUGACUAUGCUUCUUGUGUUCUUCAGCUAAUAAAUUACCUCCUCGUUAUAAUGUGCAAGUAGACAUAUCAGACGAUGUUCAAAUAGUGGCAAUAAAAUUUAUUGGAUCUUAA